UUGCUAUAAUUAUGGAAAGGAGUAUCGUAAUAAUUUUUUUUCACCUAAUUUUGGUGUUGCACGGUGAAGAAAUGAUGAACGACUUUCCACUGAAUGUUGGAAAGGAAAUUUCCGGAGUGCUCAAUAAAGUAGAAGAAGCGACUCCUCUUGCGCCUAUUUUUGAUUUGUUCGGUAGAAGAAGCGGAGGAGUUGUACCAUCGACACCGGUUAGAUUUGGAGGUCUUAUACCUAGAGGAAAAAAAACAACUGCAAUUCCACUGAAUCCUACAGACACUACGCCUUCGAUUAUGCUUACUUCAUCGGCAACAGAAGCAGAGGAGACAACUAGAGCAGGUAUUCGAGGUGGUGGGCUAAUUCGUCGAACGAAAGCAACAACUACCACAACAGCAAUUACACCUACUGUAUCAAUGACGGAAGCAUCAGAGGAUGAAACACCUAAAGCCAGUCUGCGAGGUGGAGGUCUAGUUCGUAGAACGAAACUAACUACCACCACAACAACAGUGGGGCCUAUUGUAACUACCGAGGAAUUAGGGAACGACGAGGAUGGAACUACUCAGUCCGGUAUACGAGGAGGAGGAUUAGUUCGUCGAACAAAACCAACUACUACCACAACAACAGUUGCUCCUACUACAUCAGUUGGUGACACAGAGCAAGUAACAACGGAGACAGCGCAAUGGGGUGGGGGACUAAUUCGAAGAACAAAACGACCAACAACAGUAUCAACUCCAACUCAACCUGCAACCGUUCAGGGGCCGCCUCUAACACCGCCACCAACAGGUUUAGCGGCAGACAUAGGAAAUCACACCUUUAGCAAAGAUGGAGUUAAAUUCGAAAGAUGGAGUUUGGCCGGAACACUCGAUACCAUUGUAACCAUACCGAAGGUCGCUAUUAAAGCAGACAUCCCAACGAUCUUAUCCAUCGAAGAAAUCGAUGUGGUAGCUACAGGCGUAACAGUUUCAGACGAAAUUAAAUACGACGUCUUUUUGGACAAAGAUGGAAGAACCACGAUUAAACUCGCGAUACCGAAGGGUGUAGCUCCAAGCCGAGUGGAAAUCAAAAAGGGCGAUGACGACAUCACUAUAAACGUAGCAACAACACUAGACGGGCUUUUUUCUGAAGCAACUGGCCCUUCAUCUUCAAUGAAAUUUGAAUCAUCAGAGCUCAAUGCCGAACAUAUCACUACCAUUACCUUACCUUUCGGUUUCAAGACGGCGACAAAGGGAAUAACCUAUACGAUCGAUGGCAUACAAGAUGUCGACCUAAUACCAUCAAAUACUAUUGUUAAUCUUGGCGAUCUGUCUCCUUCCAAAGGUGCGACUGAAACUGGAGUAAACUACGAAGUACUUGAGGAUGAUAAUAAAAAAAUUGUAGUCAAAAUUAUGGUACCUUCAAAAAAACCACCAGUUGCACAAGGUUUCGCCAUAAAUUCAAAACCGGUCGUUUAA